AUGCGUAAGCCUGCUCGUCCGGGUCUUGCUCAGACGCCCAGCUUCCCUACAAGCCAUGGCCGUCGGCACAUGUGCACGCCCACCGGUCCCCUGCUCUCCGUUCUCAUUGUCACGGGAAAGUUUGCGGAUGACAACGUCCCCGGGGACCUCCAGGAUCUGAUCAUUGCGGAGUCGGGCGCCAAUGACGGGCUCGGCCACACAUUCUCUCCUUUUCGCUCUACCUCGUCAAGUACGUGGGCUCAGACGCCGCGUAUGGCGGUGCCGGCGCUGCCAUAG